AUGCCGGAGAACGGCUCCUUCGCCAACUGCUGCGAGGCGGGCGGCCGGGCAGAGAGCCCCCGCUGGACUGGCGCGGGCGGCGCGCGGCCCUCCGGGGCGCCCCGGCCUCCCUGGGUGGCGCCCGCGCUGUCCGCGGUGCUCGUCGUCACCACCGCCGUGGACAUCGUGGGCAACCUGCUGGUCAUCCUCUCGGUGCUCGGCAACCGCAAGCUCCGGAACGCAGGUAACCUGUUCUUGGUGAGUCUGGCGUUCGCUGACCUGGCCGUAGCCUUGUACCCCUACCCGCUGACCCUUGUGGCCAUCUUCCACGACGGCUGGGCCCUGGGGGAGGUGCACUGCAAGGCCAGCGCCUUCGUGAUGGGUCUGAGCGUGGUCGGCUCCGUCUUCAACAUCACAGCCAUCGCCGUCGACCGCUACUGCUACGUCUGCCGCAGCGUGACCUACCACCGCCUCUGCCGCCGCCGGCACGCCGCCCUCUACGUCGGCCUCGUCUGGCUGCUCACCCUGCUGGUCCUGCUGCCCAACUUCUUUGUGGGAUCCCUGGAGUACGACCCGCGCGUCUACUCGUGCACCUUCGCGCAGACGGCCAGCGCCGGAUACACGGCGGCCGUGGUGCUCGUGCACUUCCUGCUGCCCGUGGCUGUUGUGUGUUUCUGCUACCUGCACAUCUGGGUGCUGGUGCUGCGCGCCCGCAGGAAGGUCAAGGCGGAGAGCAAGCCACGCCCAUGGUCCGGUCGCGUGCGGAGCUUUCUGAGCAUGUUCGUGGUCUUUGUGAUCUUCGCCAUCUGCUGGGCGCCGCUGAACUGCAUUGGCCUCGCUGUGGCCAUUGACCCCGAAGAAGUGGCUCCCCGGGUGCCAGAGGGGCUGUUCGUCUCUAGCUACUUCCUGGCCUAUUUCAACAGCUGCCUGAACGCCAUCGUCUAUGGGCUCCUGAACCAGAACUUCCGCAGGGAAUACAAGAGGAUCAUCUCUGCCCUCUGGAACCCACGGCGCUGCCUGCAGAACUCUUCCAAGGGCAGCCAGGCUGAGGGCCCGGGCAGCCAGCCUACCCCCGCUGAUAGCGCCCGGGCCCCUGUGCAGGCAGAUAAUCUCCCACCUGAUGCCCAGCCGGGCAAUGCACUCAGGAAAUGAUGGGAGAGAAUCCACUCCUCGGGGGAGGUCAGCCGCCCGGGCUGUGCCAGCCAGUCAGAGGACAGUGCACAGCUAGGGUUCCUUCACCCUGUGGACGAGAAGCCCCUCAGCACGCUGGGGUCAGGCAGUCAGGACCCCUGCAGGUCCUGGAGGCCGCGUCCCAGUGAGCACAUCCGGCAUAGCCCGCCCACAGUCCGGGUGCGCCAGGGCCUGGUCCCGCACGGGCGAGGAAGGAGCAGAAGGCACAGGGGCCUGGGGUGCAAGAGGCAGCCUCCUCCCCACUGCUGCCCUCCUGGUUGGGCUUCCUGCUGCUUUCGCCCCUUCCCCUGAGGGGAUGCAGGAGUCCAGGGCUCCUCUGUGAGUGAGGCUGGAAGGAGAAGCUCUGCAGGGCAGGACGAGGGGUGCUCUGCAGGUGCCGCUCCGAGGACAGCAUCCUGCACCCCAACCCUGCCAGGAUCUUCCCUACACACAUGUGUGCACACAUGUGCAAACCCACACACACCAUAUCACACACACACAUCCUUGUAUACACUGUGCACACC